GUUGCAGCCUGUAGUUCACAGCAGCUAUGGACGUGCCUGUGGUUUCGGCACCUCCAUGCUGGAGCGCCUGCUGAACACUCGAACUAUCGGGCCCUGCCCUCGGUCAUGGCCACAUAUAGUAAGCUGUUCUAUGACUAUGAAUUGAUACCAACGGUAUCCGAGAAGGAUUCCCGAGAGGCCACCUUGUUGGCCACAGUGCAGUCCCUACUAGGUACUGGCAAGCCGCGCAACCACGGUGUCUGUUUCUUUGAGAUGAAGGGGCAGGAUAUGCAGCACCCAGACUCUGCCUCGUGGUACGAUGAUCUCGAGGCCACGGAGUUAUAUCUCAUGGUCUUAUCGCUGUAUUGUCGCGGAGUGACUUCCGACCAAAUUGGUCUUCUGACGCCCUAUGCGAAGCAGGCGAAGACGUUAAGGGGCAUGUUCAUGGACACAGAUAUUGUCAUGCCGAAGGUUGACUCGAUUGAAAAGUUCCAAGGACAGGAGCGCGACAUAAUGCUGAUUUCCACUGUGCGCUCCACUGGAGACCAUAUAAGCCAUUUUGGCCAUAGCGCGCGCCCGCGCAUUUUUGGUCAUGUACGGUAAUCCCCAUCUCCUCAGCGUCGACGACAAUUGGCGUCAUCUCAUCAACCAUAGCUUUAUUUCCAAAUGGAAUACAAAUAAAUAUUAGAACGAAGAACGAACGAAAAACAUA